AUGAUAUCGCAAAUUCUUUUAGCAACUUCUUUGUUUUUUGGGAUCUUCAGCAUUAUCUGCAAAUGACGGAAAUAUUCCACUUUGAGAAUUAAAAAUCCUUUUGAAAUAUCAGAAUUAAUCUCAAUUUUAUCAAUACUCUUUUGGAAUAUUCUUGAAUUAAUUUCAAAUUAUUCCACAUGUCUAGUUGGAAGGCAAGAGUUUUGCUUAUUUUCUCUACUUAAUCUUCAAGGAAUCUGUUUGCUUGCUUUAUCAAUAAAAAAGAAAUGAAAUAACUUGUUGACUUUGUAAAUUUUAUUUAGAGGGCUGAUCAUAGUUCAAUCGCUAGCAUUAUUUGUUGAAGGGACCCUUGAAAUAUCAUUAAGAAGGGUAGAAAUUUUAGGAUUUUUAUUAGGAAUUUGUGUAAUGCUUUACAAGGCAAAAACUGAAGGGAAAGCUAAAAUAUUUAAAUACUUGCAAUGCGUAUGGUUUUUAUUGACAUCGAUUUUAUUUUAUUGCCUUUUGCCUACAGCUUAUUUAGAAUUUACUAUUACACACUAUGACAUAGUUAUUUUAUUGCCCAUUUUCCUUAUAUGUGACAUGAAAUCAGGGAGAAUCUCAUCUGACACAGCAUCAGUCAUUUAA